GUUGUUUGUUAUUUAGUGGAGUUUCGCUAAAUUUUUGACUGUUAUUUUAUGGGUGAUUCGUGAUUAAAUGACUUUAAAUUGGUUAAAUUGAGAAUAUUUUAUUUUUAGAAUAAAAAUUUAUAAACUUUACAUUUGAUUAACAAAACUAAUUUCUUCCCAGGUAUUAUUAUAUACUUAUAUAGCUAAGACUUUAAUCAGAGCAACUAAAGUUAGACGUCAUUCUAGGUUAUUUGAAAAUUCGAAACAAGUGAAAGGAUGGCCCUGCCAAUGAUGCAUACUUUUUCUCCGGCUAAAACUCCACGCAAAUCAAAAGUUAGCUUUAAAAGGUAACGUUUAAAUUCUUAUCAGAUACAAUUUCCCCCGAUCAGCUUUUUAUCUUGCAUUAUCAACCACUUAAUACAAAGACUUCCUUUAUUUUAGCAACAUUCCCGUUAAAACUCCAAAUUCAAUUCGAAAGCUUCAAAGUAGCUGUCAAAAAACUCGCAGAGCACUGGUAAGAAGUUUACUAAACGAAAUAUUAAUCAAAUGUGAAAAUUGACCUUUUUCAGACGUCAGAAAACGAAAGGCCUAGAAAAGUAUCUUUUGAAAUUCCUCAAAAAUCAGGCGAACCUAUGCUGAGUUCUCAAUCGACACCACUUCCUAUGCCUCAGAGAAUUCCUGUCUCGAAAUCAGCUUCAUCGUCUAAUGCAGCUCUGUCAAAACCAGCAAGAGUUCUGGUUUCAACCACUCCGUCGUCAUCCAGAAAAUUCUCGUCUUACGCAUCGUCUACUAAAUCAGUGAUGUUCCGAACACCGCAACCUAGAAAAAAUCAUUCAUUAUCUGCUCAAAAGGCUGGUCACUAUCAUACAGCAAUAAAGUCUAGAAGCCCUCUCAAGCUGGACUUUGACUUUGGGUCCUCACCUGUUCUAAAACAAGCCGUGAAAUCAGCUGUAAAGAAAAGCGUUACUUGGCAAGAUGAUAUUAAAUCGGAUACACCCCCACGUUUGGCCCUGUCAGAUGUUACUAAUUCUCCAGAUCAACGCAGAAAAAAACUGGCCACAUCGCUUAUGAUAGGCGAUAUUAAUGAAAGCUUAGUUGCUUCUAUUAAAGAAGAAGGUUUCAUUGAUGCUUCUGACGAAAAUAUUCCCAUUCAGCAUUUACUUACUAAAUUCAGAGAAAAGGAGGAAAAAACGAAUCAGUUAAAAAAAAGAUUGGAAAGAUGCCUAGAUUCACAUAAACCGUCACGUAGACCGCUAACCGAAUUACAAGUUAGACCACGAGUCAGUGAAGAAGAACGAUACUUUGAAGUUGAAGAAAGUUCCGAAUCUGAAGGCGAGAAUGGAACGCCAGAAGAUAACAUCAAAUUGCCUCGUAUUAUGGGGAAGUUCGAAGAAAUUGAUUUGGAUUCCGAAGAUGACGAUAAGGAAAAUAAACCAACUUCGAACAACGAACAACCGAUAACGAAUUUCGAUUACGAAAUCGUUGGAAGAGACGAUUGA